UGCCCUCUUCCUGACCCACAGAACCGCCCACCCCAGGAUUAGCCUCGUGUGGGAGCAGGCCCAAGCCCGAGUGGUAGGGAAGGGUUAGGAGGGAGUGGUUCGGAUUAAAGGUGGGCAACAGAGGCCACAACCGGAGGUGCCCGGGGCAGAGAGAGUGCACUAGGCGGUGCCAGAAGCCGGGAAGACAGGGACUAGGAGGAACGCGGCCCGAGCGGUCCCUGCACCCCGAGGGCGGCGCUGCGGACCCCUCCCCCAUCGAAGCCACCUUCAGCGGAAAGCGUGGGGUCCCGGCGCAGCCGCUUCUGGCGGCAUCUGCCGCUCCCCAGCUCGCAGGAGAGCCCGCCCCGGAGGAGGGGCCGGCUCCGCCCCACCUCCUUGCUGCCUCCCUCCCCCUUCCCUUCCUUUCCUCCGGCCGCGCGCCCCCUCCUCCCUCCUCCUCCUCCAUCCUUCCCCCACCCAGUUUGUGGGCCCCUCCCGCUGCGACUGGCUGGGAAGCUCGGCCGCCCCCCGCGAGGGGGGGGGGGGGGCGCCAGCCGCGGCGGCCACCCAAGGCUGCGGAGGGGAACGAGAUCCGAGGCCCCGAGGCGGCCCUGCAUCUGGACCGGGCACGCGGGGGCUGCCUCUGCACCCCCAGCCGAGGGCCGCGGGGCCUGGCCUCGCCGCGGGGUGGAGGAGCCUCCUCGUCCCUGGCCGCAGACACCUUGAGCCUUCCUGACCCCGCAGGGGGGCUCGCCCGCAGCCCCCCAUGAGCGCGCCCGGCUGACCGGCGGGGCGGCCGCGGUGGAGCCCGGGCGCCGCGGGGGCGGCGGGGCCAUGGCCUCGCUGGACCUGCCGUACCGCUGCCCCCGCUGCGGGGAGCACAAACGCUUCCGGAGCCUGUCGUCGCUGCGCGCACACCUGGAGUACAGCCACACCUACGAGACGCUCUACAUCCUCUCCAAGACCAACAGCAUCUGCGACGGCGCUGCAGCCGCGGCGGCCGCCGCCGCCGCCUCGGGCUUCCAGCUGGCGCCCGAGCCCGCCGCCCUGCUGGCCGUGCCCGGCGCCCGCCGCGAGGUCUUCGAGAGCACGUCCUUCCAGGGCAAGGAGCAGGCCGGGCCGUCGGCCGCAGCGCCACACCUGCUGCACCACCAUCACCACCACGCGCCCCUCGCGCACUUCCCCAGCGACCUGGUGCCCGCGAGCCUGCCCUGCGAGGAACUCGCUGAGCCGGGCCUGGUGCCCGCCGCCGCCGCGCGCUACGCGCUGCGCGAGAUCGAGAUCCCGCUGGGGGAGCUGUUCGCCCGCAAGUCCGUGGCCUCCUCGGCGUGCUCGACGCCGCCGCCCGGGCCCGGCCCCGGCCCUUGCUCCGGGCCCGCCUCCGCCUCGCCCGCGUCCCCCUCGCCUGCAGAUGUGGCUUACGAAGAGGGUCUGGCGCGCCUUAAGAUCCGCGCGCUGGAGAAGCUGGAGGUGGACCGGCGGCUGGAGCGGCUGAGCGAGGAGGUGGAGCAGAAGAUCGCGGGCCAGGUGGGCCGGCUGCAGGCAGAGCUGGAGCGCAAAGCGGCGGAGCUGGAGACGGCGCGGCAGGAGAGCGCGCGGCUGGGGCGCGAGAAGGAGGAGCUGGAGGAGCGCGCGUCCGAGCUCUCGCGCCAGGUGGACGUGAGUGUGGAGCUGCUGGCCUCGCUCAAGCAGGACCUGGUGCACAAGGAACAGGAGCUGAGCCGCAAGCAGCAGGAGGUGGUGCAGAUCGACCAGUUCCUGAAGGAGACAGCGGCGCGGGAAGCCAGUGCCAAGCUGCGGCUGCAGCAGUUCAUUGAGGAGCUCCUUGAGCGUGCCGACCGUGCUGAACGGCAGCUGCAGGUCAUCAGCAGCAGCUGUGGAAGCACCCCUAGCGCCAGCCUGGGCCGUGGAGGUGGCGCAAGUGGCGCUGGGCCUGGCGCCCGGGGCCCAGGCAGAAUGCGAGAACACCACGCAGGCCCGGCCAUGCCUAGCACAUACGCAGUGUCACGGCAUGGCUCCUCUCCCAGCACAGGGGCCUCCAGCCGUGUCCCAGCUGCAUCCCAGAGCUCAGGCUGCUAUGACAGUGACAGUCUGGAGCUGCCCCGGCCAGAAGAGGGGACCCCUGAGGACGGUGGCCCUGGUGGCUUGGGCACACGGGCCCAGGCUGCCAACGGUGGCUCGGAGCGGGCCCAGCUCCCUCGCAGCUCAGGCCUGCGGCGCCAGGCCAUCCAGAACUGGCAGCGCAGACCCCGCCGACACAGCACGGAAGGGGAGGAGGGGGACAUCUCGGAUGUGGGCUCCCGAACUACCGAGUCCGAGGCUGAGGGCCCCUCGGAUGCCCCCCGCCCUGGGCCUGCCAUGGCUGGGCCGUUGAGCAGCUGCCGGCUCUCAACCCGACCUGAAGGAGGCAGUGGGCGGGGUCGGCGAGCCGAGAGAGGCAGCCCCUCAUGCUCCAACGAGGUCAUCAGCCCAGAGAUCCUCAAGAUGCGAGCCGCCCUGUUCUGCAUCUUCACCUACCUGGACACACGCACACUACUGCACGCCGCAGAGGUCUGCCGGGACUGGCGCUUCGUGGCCCGCCACCCUGCCGUCUGGACCCGAGUGCUGCUCGAGAAUGCCCGCGUCUGUUCCAAGUUCCUGGCAAUGCUGGCUCAGUGGUGCACCCAGGCCCACUCGCUGACACUGCAGAACCUGAAGCCCCGUCAGCGGGGCAAAAAGGAAAGCAAGGAGGAGUAUGCCCGGAGCACCCGGGGCUGCCUGGAAGCAGGGCUGGAGUCCCUGUUGAAGGCAGCGGGGGGGAACCUGCUGAUUCUGCGCAUCUCCCACUGUCCCAACAUCCUUACCGACCGUUCACUCUGGCUGGCCAGCUGUUACUGCCGUGCCCUGCAGGCCGUCACCUACAGGAGUGCCACAGACCCUGUGGGCCACGAGGUCAUUUGGGCCCUGGGCGCAGGCUGCAGAGAGAUUGUCUCCCUCCAGGUGGCACCACUUCACCCCUGCCAGCAGCCCAUGCGCUUCAGUAACCGCUGCCUACAGAUGAUCGGUCGCUGUUGGCCCCACCUCCGGGCCCUGGGGGUUGGGGGUGCCGGCUGUGGGGUGCAGGGCCUGGCAUCACUCGCGAGAAACUGCAUGCGGCUGCAGGUCCUGGAGCUGGACCACGUGUCGGAGAUCACCCAGGAGGUGGCGGCUGAGGUCUGCCGGGAAGGUCUGAAGGGACUGGAGAUGUUGGUGCUCACAGCCACCCCCGUCACCCCCAAGGCCCUGCUGCAUUUCAACAGCAUUUGCCGGAACCUCAAGUCCAUUGUGGUCCAGAUUGGGAUUGCUGAUUAUUUCAAAGAACCCAGCAGUCCUGAGGCCCAGAAGCUGUUUGAGGACAUGGUAACAAAACUCCAGGCCUUGCGACGGAGGCCCGGCUUCUCUAAGAUCCUGCACAUCAAAGUGGACGGCGGCUGCUAACCCGGGUGGGGGGCGGCAGGGCCCCUGCCAGCCCCACACCAGGGCACUCUCUUUGGACCUCCAGAGGGACCCUGCUUUGGACUAGACCUUCAGAGGCCUAGUGUUAUCCCUGGCUUCCAGGGAGGGGUUGACAGCUUCCUGUCCUCCUCCUGGGAGAGUGGAGCGACAGGCCUGACCCUGGGCACUGCCUCUCCAGGGCAGGGGCUCGGACAGAAGUUGCCCUCCGACCCCCACCCCACCCCCAGCUGGAGCAGCCUUCUGGGCACAGCCAGAGAGGAGCUGAGUCACCACCAGCACCAGGUGUCACCGCCCGAGGAUCUGCAGCAACUACCCAGUGGCUCCUCAGCUGCUCCGGCUGCUGGGGCAGCUCUCCCUUUCCUGAGGCCCCACCUCUGGGUCACAGGUGUCUGCUAGGCCCCAGGCCAGAGGGGGCUCCACAAGGCAGCUCAGACUUGGCAAGGAGGGCUCUUCUCCCCCUGCCCUGUCCCAGCCCUCUGUGGGGCACCCCCUUCAGAUGGCUUGCCUGGGCUCUGGGUCCACUUUCUCCAAGGAUAACACAGAUAGGCCUAGGGGUCUGGGCAUGUGGUCAGUCAGAAGUCGGGUGGGGGGGGAGGUACAGGAAGUAGUGGGAGUGGGCUUGGAAGGGCAAAACAUUCACCCACAACUUCUCCCCAGGACCCUGAGACCACCCCUCCCAAGGGGAGAAAUUGCCAGGCAGAGAAAGAGUUUGUAUUGCUGUAGAAAAGACAAGACCCCUCCUCCAAGCCACCACAUACUCCACUGCACACCAGAGCUGAAUUCAGAGCUAAAAGGUGCAUGUUUCUAUACCCACCACCAAUCCUGAGCCUCUGGAGGGGUGAGGCCCCAGCCUGGGAAACCCUGUCAGUGGGGAGCAGCAGUUCCUGUCUGUGAGGAAUGUCCUUCUAAUCCAGGUGCUUGGGCGGAACUCUGAUGGCCUUUGGGUCCCCUAGGCUGUGCGGGAGGGAGUCACUGGGCUGCCUCUGUGCUAGGGCCUGGAGGAGGCCAGGAGGAGGGUGGUUUGGUUUGCUUCCUUGUCUGGCUAACUUGCUUAAAGAUGUGGCCUUGAUAGGGAGCCAGACCUGUGGGGCUAAGGACAAGGAAGAGCAUCCCGCCCUCCCUCCUCAGUCUCACUGGCCCCAUGGGCUGAGGGCUCUGUUGGGGGUCUUCUGCCUGGGGGCAGUGCUGGGGCCUGAGCCAGAGCCACUUGGCUUAGAAGCCACAGAAAACAAGUGGAGGUUUUUACUGCCCCUUGCAUGGUUCCCCAAGGACCAGGUCCCAGCACUAAAGGCUCCAAAGACUCAGGCCUCCCCAGUUCCUCCUCUCAGAACUCCCACAGUGACGCUGAGGCCGUGGGUCCUGCCAACCUUCCUUGGAAAGUUCCUUCAAACAUUAACGUAGAUCCAUCUUAGGGUUUCCUUCUCUCCUGUACAAGACCGGCUCUCGGCCCUAACCAUCUGGCUGCUGGUCCUGGCUGGGGCUGGGGUCCUCUAGUUUCUCAGUCCUUGCCAAGGACCCAGUUUCUGCCACAGCCUGGCUUGGACAUCAGGACCAGCCCUGUGCUGCCCUGCAACGCGUCCUCCAGACCUGGGGCCCCACAGGCUCAGCAGGGCACCCAGCUCCCUGCUUCCACACCCAGCUCUGUCCCCACUCUUUUCAUUGGUGACUUUUCCUCCUGUGGCUUGUUCUAGCCCGGCCCUUUGAAAACCCCAAAUACCAAGGGUAUCAUGUUGGCAACUCCCUGUCCAGUCUUGCAUGAAGCCUUGGCGAAGUGGCACCCCCCACCCUUGCCCCAGAGCAGCUGGCUUCUUUGGCUCCCACCUCCCCGGUCCUGUCCCCAGGAGUUAUGGGAAGACGCACAACUUUUCUCUGUCCUCCAUGGGUCUGGAGGCCCACUCAGGGCCUGGCUGCCCUGGGUGCACCUGUCAUGUCUUGCCACUGCACCCUCUAUAGCCCCUGCUCCCUGUGACCCCAGGACCAGAGGUGCUGCCCUCCCUGUCUCCUGGACAAAGCACAAAGGGAUGUCCUGCUUGGCCUGAGCCUGCCAUACUGAGAGAGUUUUUCUGCCCUGGAAAGCCUCCAUCCCUGAAUACCACCAGGCUUUGGGCAAUUUCUCCCGGGGUGGAUGCCCACUGGAAUGCCUGGCAUCAGUCCCAGGAAAGGUCAGGGUGCACAGGCAGUGAGCUAGAGUGGGAGAAAUGUGGUGCUGAUAGGACUGAUUCUAGUAUUAGGUUCAUUCACUCAUUCAUUCAUUCAUUCAUGCAACAGCCCUGAGUACCACCAGCACUGGGGGCAGCAGAGUGAACAAGAUGACUCUCCUGCUGGUGGGAAGUUUGCCUUUCAUGGGGUUGGCUGUUUCCAGGAAAUCCACCAAGUCCCCCAUCUUGUAUUUUCCAGCUGAGUGUGUGGAGGAUGUGUGGGAGUCUGUGUUGCACAGGCCCAUGCCCCUGCUAGCAGGAAUGAUGGGUCACAGCAUGUCCCAUUGCAUACCUGCCCCUGGGCUCACAGGCUGGUGCACCCUGGCCUUCAUGCAUGCCCUGAGAACUGGCAAGUUUGCAGGGCUCCCAGGACCCCCCAACUUGACGCUAUGUUCUGCCUCUCCUCAGGGGAAUGAGGCCUGCUGCCAAGUGGGGAGCUUCUGUUGGCUGGGAUGCUCCAUUUGUUCACUUCUUUAGUAACCAUACAGCGAGGGCUGAGGAUGGGGAACAGGGAUGGAGAUCCUAGCCAUCCCUGGAAGACCUCAUCCUUCACUCACCCAAAGGAGAGCCCCCUCCUCUAUAUCUCACACCUAAUAAGAUGCAAAGAGGACUAUCAGAGAGAGAAAACCAAGGCAGGCUGUGCUCCAGGCAUCCCACUUGUGUGUACAAGUCCCAUGGGGGUGGCCACUUGGUGUCCCUACCACCUCUCCCUGCUUACAGCCUGGCCCCAGCACCUGGAAGGCUUGGCACAUUUAGCUUGAGUGCUUCAUCAUGCUUUUAUUUGGGCUGCCUCCCCACAGCACUGGCAGGGAACAAGGGAGAUGCUGUAUGUAUCUGGAUCCCUGAGGGAGAGGAAGUGGACUGCCCAGAACCACGGUCUUUCACUGGCCAGGAGAGACCAACUAAAGAACAAGGCAGCUCAUGUUUUCCUAGUCCCUGGAGAGUGGUUUGAGCCAGCCCCUCAAGAACUGCUUCAAAAAAAAAAAAGCCCCCUCCGUCCCAAGGCCUGCUGCUCUAAGGUUUGGCUCCAUCCUUUGCCUUUGGGUCCUGCCUGUCCAUCUGGUCCUGGUCUCCAGUCCUUUUGGGCCACAGGUGCAGAGCUGCUCAGGCCCCAGUCCCUCUAAAGGCGCUAUGUUGAAGACCUUCCCAGAGUGAUUAUUGGUGCCAAAGACCCAGUUCCUGAUGGACUUGGGGUGAAAACAGGAGAGAUGGCGAGCGGGUGCAGGGCCCAAGUGCCCAGAAGAGUUAAUCAAAACUGAUGGGAUCUAUCCCAGCCUGUCAGUCCCUGGUGAGUGUAACUUCUCUCCCCCAGGGGCCUCGAACUUCACUCUUGACCCCUGGUGGCCACGCCUUCUCACCCAGCCUUGUCCCAGGCCUGCAUUUCUGUAUAUAUUGCUGUGUAUUGUGUGUAUGUAUUUAUUGCUGGACAAGUGUGUUCAUCUACAGCCCUUGCCUAAGGAUAAGGUUUAGGACUGUGUGAAGAUCAGAAGACCAGGGCUGACCAUGGCAACCAGCUCCUAGUCCUUCCCCAACCCCUUGGGACCCUGGCCAGUCCCAAGACUGCCCUGACAAUCAGGCAGGCUUCCCUACCCGAGUCCAAGCCUCCCCUGCCACCGAGGGUGUGGCCCCAGGGAGGCUUGGCCUUGGGCUUCCCAGCCUCAGCUCUGCCCUGGCAGGGGUCUUGCCUUCGGCCACAGAGGCCUGAGGUGACCUAGGCUUGCUGCAUAGCUGGCACCAGUAGGCUUGGCUCUGGCGGGCACUGCUGGUGGGGACCUCCACAGCUGGCCCCAGGCCCUGCCUUCCCUGCACAGCCAGGCUGCCGUGAGCCUGAACGGUGAGAGGGUAGCUUCCCCAACCCCAAGCACAUCAGGCAGAGGGGUGGAGAGCAUUUUUUGGUUUUGUUUCUGAAGUGGUGCCUGUACCUCCAGCCCCCAGGGGGCCUUCCCUGGCCCCACUUCUCCGCCCCCCCCAGGCAUCACCAUCCCAGCACUUUGCUCCACGUCACCCAUGGAUGCCCUGUGCCGAAUGUAUUUCAGUGUAUGUAUUUAAAAGGACUCACGGGCAUCAGAAAAUUUAUGACUUUGUAUCCAAUAAAAGAUGGUGAAACUGGAA